UCAAACCCCUUUAUAUAAAAUAACUCCCUAAAUUCCCCCUUUUUCAUCCUAAUCUUCCAAUCCCCCAAUGGCCAAGAUCGACGCCCUUCGUCGGUUUCUCCUCCCCUGUUUCUUUCCCCCCACCGCCGCCACCGCCGCCGCCUCCUCCACCGUUCCCAAGAAACGUCUAAGCACCUCGCUUCGCGACGACCUCGAAACCACCACCGCCACCGUCAGUGAAGAUCCAACCCAUGCCCAAGAUUCUCCCGCCACCACUCCCGACAGCGUCACACCCAAAUUCGCUAUCUCCGCCUCCAUUGUAGCCCCACCCCGUCCUUCGAAAACCAUGGUCAUCGGAACCAUCUUUGGCCACCGGCGGGGACACGUUUGGUUCUGUGUCCAACACGACCGUCUCCGGAACAAACCGUUUCUCCUCCUCGAGUUUCCGAUUCUGACUCACCAACUCGUCAAUGAAAUGAGAUUCGGACUGGUUCGAAUCGCUCUCGAGUGUAACCGGGUGGAACUGGGGUUCUGCCCGCUUCGUUCGAUCCCUAUUUGGGCAAUGUCAUGUAAUGGGCGAAAACUGGGGUUCGCGGCGAAGAAAAAAGCCGGUGAAUCGGUCCGGUCCAUGUUGAAGACAAUGCAAUCGACAACGGUGGGAGCCGGAGUAAUGCCAUCCGGUUUAGGGUCGGGUUCAGAGGAGGUUAUGUACAUGAGAGCUAAUUAUGAACACGUGGUGGGAAGUGCUGACUCGGAAUCGUUUCAUCUUAUUAACCCGGACGAGUGCCCGGGUCAAGAACUCAGUAUAUUCUUGCUCAGAUCUCGAAAUGGGUAAUUAAUAAAAAUAGUGUACCUUUUUUUUCUUUCUUUUUUUAUUUAUCAACUUCAUUUCUGUAUAUCUUUUUUUUCUCUUGUUUUUAGGACCCAAGAGAGAGGAUUCUUUUUAUUAUUAUUUUUCUUUUUUCUCUUUUGAUUUUUGGAUUUUUAAUGUUAGGAAGAGAGAUAGAUGAAAACUUCUGGGUUUUCUUGUUAUGGAUAUUCACUGUGCAAAUUUUUUUACCAAGAAAGAUUUAUUCUUUAUGUGAAUGGAUAAACAUUUGUUGGUUUUGAUUCCUCUUGUA